UAUUUUUUUAUGUUAUAUGAUGUUUUAAACAUUUUAUAAUAUGAAUACACGUAUUUAGGGAUGUAUAUGCGUUAUAUAAGCCUACUCGGGAACCAAGCACCUAAAAAUUAUAACGAAAUGCUAAAUACACAAAAGUUAUUUUUAAAAUACCCAAACCUUUUUCUUUAGACAGUGGCAUGAUUGACAAAUGUUAUAACAUAUACCGUUCACAUAACAGUUUGGUCUACGUAGCCGAAACGGACCCGGAUUUUUUCCGGCCAAGGACUGUUAACUUAACAAAAUUCUGCCGCUACAACAACAAAUGUUAUAAAAAAUGUGGGUUUUGACAGCUCUCUCUCAAAUCAAAGAGUUUCGCAUUAUUUCAUCUAGAGAUUAUCCCUGAUCCCUGAUUUCAUCCUUGCCUUGCCGGCGCGCUUGUCAUUUUAUAGGUUUUUCAAAGAAAUUCCUGUCUGAAAAUGCCGAGAGUAAGCAAAGUUUCGAGAGAAGGCCGACAAAGUGGAAGGACUUAUUUGUGUAGAUCAAAGAGAAGAUUUAAUCCAAAUAAAAUAAUUAAAGAUGAAACUACCACAAAAAGAGCUUCAUCGAAAAAAAUCAAGCUAAAUACCAGUGCAAGUAUACCAGAAGACAUUAAAAAACACUACAGAAUCGUCGAUUUUUUGCUUGUUUUUUCAACCAUCGCAAGUUUAGUAAAAUGUGCUCAUUGUGAUGGUUCAAGGCAAGGCUUCUGCUCUUCCUUUGGCGUCACUUCCUUGAUUGGAUAUUGGUCUGGAAAAGUUACCGACAUUUUGAUAACUAGUUUGCACUGUCAGGCUUGCAAAUUAUGGAAGAAGCAAUUAAAUACUAAUGAGUUUAAAGAGUGGUACCAAGAACACGUUGAAAAUGAUGAAUGGCAAGCCAAUCAGACCGGACCAUCAGCUAACAUGGAAGUCAAUGCUGUUAUUGAAUUGUUCGGCCGAUCAGAAAAAAAUUACGGAGCAAAGAUCAGUAAUUAUAUCGGAGACGGUGACAGUAAAACUUACGGCAAUUUGUUGAAAGCUAAAUCUUACGGUGAAAAUUUCACUAUAAAUAAAAAAGAAUGUGCCGGUCACAUGCAAAAAAGAAUGCUUAAACGUUUACGUGAUCUUGUAAAGAAAACUGUAGAAACUAAAGAGAUAAAAACUGGAACUGGCGGCAAAGGAAAACUCACUGGAAAAGUCAUUGAUAAUUUGAGUCGAUACUACGGAGCAGCAAUCAAACAUAAUUGUGUUUCACUAGAAGGAAUGAAAAAUGCAAUCUGGGCAACGUUCUACCACCUGCAGUCAACAGGCGAUAAUCUUCAACACCAUAAGUGCAUGAGCGGUGAGAAUUCUUGGUGUUCAUAUCAAAAAGCUCUGGCCACAACAGGAGUGGAAAAUUUUAAACAUGACUACACUCCACUUCCACAAGAUGUCAUACAAGCGAUCAAACCGAUUUAUGAAGAUUUGAGUAAAGACAAACUUCUAGAAAGGUGUCUUGGAGGCUUUACUCAAAAUGCCAACAAAAGUUUGAACCAGCUGAUUUGGAGAAUUGCACCGAAAAAAUUAUCUGGAAGCAAACAAAUUGUUGAAUUUACAGCUUAUGUAGCUGCAUGCACUUUCAAUGAAGGUGCUAGUGCUUUUCUAACUUUUCUGUCUGAUAUGAAUUUUAGCGUCGGCACAAGCGCUCAUGAAUACGCAACAUUCGCGAACAACAAUCGCAUUGACAGGGCUGAGAUUCCAACUGAGCAGCAGAGCAAAGAAGCCAGAAUAAAACGAAGACUUGAUGGAGCUGGAAUCGAUGAUUCUAUAUAAUUUUCAGCCGAGUUAUGGUGAACACCGCAA